AUGAAAAGAUUAUCCCUUUCUGGGAGGGCGAUUGGUUGUUUGGGGGACUUUGCCUCCCUCGGGCAGAUCGAGCAUCUCAGCGAACUGGAUUUGAGUGAAAAUUCGAUUUGUUCGUGGAGUGAUAACAUUCCGCAGAGGAUUCGGCGUGAUUGGUGCAUUUCGUACCUUCCAAGUCUGCGUGUUCUCAACAGGACGAGAGUGAGUGACCAAGACCGAGAGAAUGCAGAACGGGCGUUCAUUAGACACUACACACAGAGACAUGACAAGCCAGAGCGGUUUUACGAACUGAGGGAGAUCCACGGGGAUUUGGGUCCUCUCUUGGAUGUGGACUUGACGCCUCCCAAGGUUGUCAGUUUAAGACUUUUUUGCGAUGGAUUUUGCAGCAAGACUGUCCCUGUCAGUGUCAAAAUGUCUGUCACUGAGCUCAGAAAGCUGAUUUGUCGAGAAUUGUUCGACAACAAAAGAAACAUCAAGUUUAAAAUGUUUCACGACAACCACGUCGGGGGGCCAGAGGAGCUUAAAUAUCCUAACAAACUACUCUACAGUCUUCGGAUUUGUGACGAGGACACAAUCUUGGUUGUGACUCUCAACUGA